AUGGACUUUUUCUACCCCCAUAUUCAAGUGGGUGUGACGGAGCCCGUGCUUGUCACCCAGGUGCUGGACCCGCGGCGAGUUUUCUGCCAGCUGCGGAGUUUGUCUCAUGAGGUACAGCGCCUUUCAGAGAGCAUGCACCAUUACUACGAGCUGCAGGCCGGAUAUGGCGAUGCCAGCAUGCAGCAUUCCUUUAUCCUUGGGCAGCCAUGUGCCUCUCGUGGCCCUGAUGGAUGUUGGUACCGCUCGCUAUUGCAAGAGUACAUUCCGGACAGACGCCUCGCUGCGGUCAUACAUGUCGACUGGGGCCGCCGGGAUGUCGUUCCCAUGACCGGCUUGCGGUCCCUGGCCCCUGAUUUUUUCCGGAUGCCCGUUGUCACUUUCCCCUGCAGCUUGUAUGGUGUGUCAGAUAGGGGCUCGGGCUGGGAUCCCGCGCAGGUCUUCGAGCUACGCUCCUUACUUUACGGAAGACAGCUUACCGCCAAGAUUGAGUUUUACAAUUCCUACGAGCAUUUGUACGUCGUCAACCUGUUCGGAGACGACGGGUUCAACGUAAAUCGCCUGUUUGACAUGAGGGCUCACACUCUGAAAGUCUGCCAGGCGAACAGGCUGAUGGCCGACGGCCCCGUGCCCGUGGAAGAAGUAUGUGGCAAUGGCAAAGCACGGGUAGCCGACGUUCCCAAGCAACAGUUUUAUGUUCCCGCUACCCCUACGCAAGAGCUGAAGGUUGGUAAAUUCUACGACGCCUUCGUGGAGUUUGUCUGCGACCCCUCUCGCUUCUGGAUCAGGAUUGCCGAAAACGCUUCAAACUACAGCAAAGUGGUGAACGGCGUCACGCGCCUGUAUUCCCAAGCGUCCAAACUAGAUGGCAUCAUACCGAAGCCCCAGAGAGGACAACUGUGCUGCACCAAGUUCAAGGAUAACCAGUAUUACCGAGCCGAGGUGGUGGCCACUCACGAAAAGAAAGUCACCGUGUAUUUCAUUGAUUAUGGCAACUCAGAAACCGUGGACUGGUAUAAUGUGAAAGAGCUACCUGCCCAGUUCAGAGAUAUACCCGGCUCGGCUAUACGUUGUUGCCUGGCGGACAUCCACCCCUUGGGUGAGGAAUGGAGUUCUGAAGCUAUUGCUGCCUUCAAAGUGGCUGUCGUGGAUAAGAAACUUGUCAUUUACAUCGUUUGCAAAGAGUCCGAUAACUAUACGGUGGAGGUUUUGGAUCAAUCCAGAAUAGAAGAAAGAAGUAUAGGCAAAGUCCUUGCCGAUGCAGGACAUGCAAAAUUCGAAAGCCACGAGCCUGUAGAGGAGCUCCCGAAGCUUAUUACCGCUAUGGCUAUUGGAAAGGAGAACGACGUUCAAUUGAACGAUGCGGUUUCUAGUAAAAAGUCCCAUAAGACACGCCAGCGAGAGCCUGUACCCAAUCGGGCAAAAGGAGACAAAGCCAAAAAGCCCAUGUGCUCUCCCUUUGAAGAUCAAUUUUUUGAGCCCGGGGCUACCAUAGAAGUGGUUGUAUCUUCUGUUGAUCAUCCGGGUUUGUUUUGGUGCCAAAACGUUGCACACGCCUCAGACCUCAAUCACCUCAUGAAUAAAAUACAGGAGUAUUGCUCAAGCACGAGUUGUCCUUCCGAUAGACGGUCAUCUAGCUGUCUCGCAAGAAGCCCGAGUGACGGCCAGUGGUACAGAGGAUUUGUUACAGAGACACCUGUUUGCGCCUCUGAUUCAGAAACGGUUGAAGUGCUGUAUGUGGACUACGGAAGGAAAGAAAUGGUUCCGGCAAGGGAUCUCCGUUCGAUUAAAAGCGAAUUCUUUAACUUGAAAGCCCAAGCCUUCAGGUGCAGCCUGUAUAACAUUAUCGCUCCUCUUGGCAAGGAUCCGUUUUGUUGGGACGCAAAAGCAACCGGGCUCUUCAACGAGUUUGUUGAGGGUGCAUCAGGAAAGUCCGUGCCGUUCUGCUGUAUGUUUUUCGCCGUAGCGUCCAUGGACGAUGAGAUGUUUAACAUCGUGGACUUGUUCACUCCGUUUACCAGCGUAUGCAAUUUGUUAGUAGAACGAAGACAUGCCACUCCUCUGUCUCACAAAACGUUGGACCCGUCAGUGCAGCUUCAUUCAUACUUUUACUCCAUGCACGAUAUUAAGAUAGGCUGCGAAGAAGAGAUUUACGUCACGCAUACUAAUCGCUCUCUGGAGUUUUACUGCCAGCUUUCCAGAAACGCCGGAACGGUUGACGAGAUCUCAUCCGUCGUCGCAAGGGCAUCCAGCAAGGCACAGGAAUCCAAAGCACCUCUCGGGCCAUUGUGUCUCGCCAGAUUUACAGACAAGCAGUGGUACCGUGGCUUUAUCUGCUCUAACUCUAGCAAUCCAGAGGUCUUCUUUGUAGAUUUUGGUAACACUGAUAAAGUUAACGACAAAGACCUGCUCCCGAUAAAACAAAACGAGUACGAGCUGCUGCUUUUUCCAAUGCAAGCCAUAAAAUGCUCUCUCUCCGACGUUCCUCCUAACGUUCCGAGUGAUAUUGUAUCUUGGUUCGAGAAAACCGUUCUGGAUAAACCGUUAAGAGCGAUCAUUGUAGCCAAAGAGACAGAUGGGAAGUUGAUUGUGGAGCUGUACAGCGGCAACCGACAAAUAAAUACAAGUAUCAAGUCAAAGUUAGGUUUGAGAAGCCAGAAAGACACCGCAAACGCUCUCUUGCAUUCUGCGUCUGACAACGUCCGAAACGGUGACACAAAGAAAAGAGCCUACAAUGCAAGUAAAGGAGAAACCAGAGAUCCUGGGCAAAGAUUUUACCAGGUUAAUUCCAAAAGAGACGAAUCUAGAUCUUCGCAAAGUGUUUCACGUAAUGCUGCGCCGCGGCAGAAAGCGGACUCUGCAAAAGACAGAAUGCUUUCUUCCGAAACCAAGCCCGUGUUAAGUAAUAAAUCGCCGCAGAUGCGCUCUUUUGGGGACAAACUAUACAAGGCGAGUCCUCCUCAGAUAAAACUGAAAGAUUUGCCCAAGAGAAACCUCUUUCCUGGAUUACAGUUUCCCGUGUACAUUUCCCACAUUAACUCGAUAUACGACUUCAGCGUGCAGAUCGCGCAAGACGCGGAGCUUUGUGAAAUCUCCAAAAUCCUAAACGAAACCAGCAAGCCGGAGAAAGUUUUUGAAAAAGACGUUCAAGCGGGGGACCUGGUUUGUGCUUUUUUUGCAGACGACGAGUUGAAUUACAGAGCUGUCGUAACAGAAAAAAGUCCCGAUGGGUUACAUGUUGAAUACGUGGAUUACGGUAAUACCUCGGUUGUGCCGGUUUCCAAAGUAGCCAGGCUUCCAGAGAAACUGCUGUCGUACCCGGUGAUGAGUUUUCAUUGUACUCUAAACCGACAGAGUUUCGGCACCUCGGACGACGACCUGCUGCAUAAAUUUACCGAAAGAACAAACGAUCUUCAGCUCUGCUGUGAGUUUCUGCGACAGUGCGGCGAUAGGUGGGAAGUCCGCCUGAGCGAUCAGCAGGGCUCCGUUACCGACUUUCUGACCUCGUCUGUGUCUGAAGAACCCCCGUCAGCCGAGCCCACAGACGACUUACCUGCGAACGAUGCAGGGGAUACAACUGAAAACGUUACCUCUAGAGACUCGUUUGUGUGGAACUUGCCGCAGCGCGGUGAAACUGUAGACGUAUACGUUAGUGCCGUUGACAGCCCUGAACAUUUUUGGUGUCAGCUGACAACAUCCGACGUCGACGGGUUAGCGGUUAAAGUCCAGGAGGCAGGGGAGCUGUCUAUUGUAGACGAUUGCUUUAUUUCCGCCAUAGAAGUUGGGUCCCCGUGUAAUGUGAUGUAUAGCGAUGACAAUAACUGGUAUAGGGCAGCCGUCACACGCAUAGAAGCAGGACUCAUAACUGUAAGAUUUGUUGAUUAUGGCAACGAGGAGACUGUUAAGGCCGAUCAUGUACGGCAGCUUCCGAGCGCAUUAACAACGAUACCUGUUGUGGCGUUCCCGUGUUGCCUUGCGGGAUUUAAUCUUUCAGACGGAUGCUGGAAUUCAGAUGCCAAUACGUUUUUCUACAAUAGAGUCACAGAAGAUAGCUUGGAGAUUACCGUCGUUGGAAUUCAGCCGCCUGGAAUAGGCAAUAUACCGAUGGUGUCUGUGAGUGCAAAAUACAAAGGAGAGGAUAUUAAUGAAGAGAUGAGGCCGUUCUGGUGCGUUGGAACCGAUCGUGGCGCGAGUGCUUCGCUUACAGAGGACACCAAAGCACGUUGCGAUUCUUUAGAAUUCGAAACUGUUUCUGACACCAGUUUACCGGACUCUGACGCACCAGGCGACAACAUUCAGGAAAACGUCGAUCCUCAAGGAAAUGAUGAACAAGAAAAACAAGUCGCAGGAGACCGGGAGUGUUCAGGGCCAUGGAUCUCCUCUCAAGGGGAGGCAGCCAUUGAAACAGGUGAUGGUGAAGAAAGAAGUCCGGGAUAUUUGUUUUUUAACACGCGACAGGAUGAGGCGGCCGCUGGUGAUAGAGCAGCUUCGCAAGAGGACGACAUGCGGGGUAAAUGUCUUAAAAUCUACGUGACCCUGCAUCUUACUCUGCGUGUAGAGUAUGACUGCUCGAUAUGGCACUAA